AUGACUACAGACGAGUUGAACCCAAUUUCUUCUGUGAAUGAGAAUAUAUUUGAGAAAUUGUUCCACUAUGGACCUGUUACUUCUUUAAGGAUUUAUGAAGAAUACAUAAUUGCAGGUUAUGGUCCUAUUUUAAAAAUCUUCAAAGUACAUGAUUCGAAUACAACUAGUAUAAUUUUCGAAAAGCAAGUGUUCAAAAGAAAUAAGAUCCACCAUAUCGAUAUCAGCUCAAAUACAGGUAAGAUAGUGAUUAGUGGUGCCCAAUCGUUUAUGAUUUUGAAUUUCAAUGAUUUAAUUGAAAAGCAAAUAGAAAGUUUCCCUGAGAAAUUACUAAAUGAAUGGAUUAUCACAUCAUGUAUCUUAAAUGAUGAUCAUGUCUUGUUAUUGAACUCACAUAAUACAAUAAUUAAGGUAAAUAUUCACGAUUAUUCAAUAGUUGACAAAAUCGAUUGCAAUGAGAAAUCGAUAUUGUACAGUGGUUCAAUUGCAAAAUUACCAAACGGGGAAGUUUAUAUUGCUGCUGGAACUGUGAUGAGUGGUGUUAUCAUUUGGAAUUUAAGUUCAAGAAGUAUCAAACAUACUUUGACUGAGCAUGAGGGGUCUAUUUUUGGAGUGCAGAUUGAUCCUACUGGGUCAUACAUCACUAGUUGUUCUGACGAUAGAUCAAUAAAAUUGUACAACUUUGAAGAUGGAAAGCUUUUGGCAACUGGUUGGGGGCAUGGAUCACGUAUUUGGACUUUAAAUUUUUUUAAACCAGAACUGAAAACCAACACUUCCAACGUAAAAAUUGUUUCUUGUGGGGAAGAUUGUUCUUUAAGAGUUUGGGAAUAUAUCCCAGGAAAUGAGCUUCUUGUGCAACGUGAACUAUGGGAAAAUUUCCAUCGUGGGAAGCAUAUAUGGAGUGCAGAUGUUGAUAAUUUGAAUUUGAACUUUGUGGUUACAGGUGGUGCUGAUGGCAAAAUACGUCUUCAUGAUUUAAACAGUCAAAGUGUAUCCAAAUUCUCAUUAUCGACCAUUUAUAAUGCUGUCGAUGCUCAAUUAGAAAAAUCCGAGUUCAUCAGAGACUACUAUGAAGUUGAGUCACAUAAAACAUUGGUGCUUUUAACUUCACGUGGUCGCUUGAUUAGGUACAGUGGUGGAGUGUUUUCAAUUAUUGGUCAGUAUCAAGAAUUUUCUAGUUUUGGAAUUGUUGGUGGAUUUUCCGACAUAAACAUCGUCCUUGUUGGUGCCUCCAAUGGUGAUGUUUUAUGUAUUGAUUGCAACCAAGAAGAAGCUCCAAAAGUAUCAUGGAUUAGAGACAUGGCAUCGAUUAUGGGUCCAGGUAAGGUGAAAAAUAUACAUAUAAGCUGCAUUUCGAAUAGAUAUUUCAUGCUUGUGGAUUGUCCAAACCCAAACGUUCCAUUUUUACUUGCCGAGUUUAAUUAUUCAGAUCUGGAUUUGACUGUUUCAAGUGUUACACGCGUCCCUAAAACUGAUUCAAGGUUCCCAUUGACAUCAUUUACAGUAGACGUAGCGAAUAACUGGUUGGUUUUGGCUUCAAAAAAAGUUUCAAUUCAAGUCGUGAACUUAGAGUCAAUGGAGAGCACAAUCUUCAGAAAGUUGUCUCCGGGUGACACAAUAUCCUCAGUAUCAGUGACCAAAAGUGCAGAGGCUUUAGUGGACUUGUUGCUUCUUGCAAGAGAUGGUACCUAUACUAUUGCAAGGGUUGGAUUUACAAACUCGGAAUUUGAUUUAAACAUUUUACAGCAAAACAAAAUCAGCAGAGGGUUUAUUGAAGGGGGUUUCAUGCACGAUAAAGACUUGAUUUUGUACGGAUUUAAAUCAUCAUACUUUUUUGUUUGGAAUGAAACAAAGCAGAUGGAGAUUAUGAAUGAAAACUGUGGAGGUACAGGACAUAGAAAUUUCAAGUUUCACAGCAACAACAGUCAUGAUUCAUUCAAGUUUAUUUAUACAAACAAAGAUGAACUUUGUAUUCGAUCUCAUCAAGUUCGUUUUAAGGACAAUUUUGGAUUAAUUCAGAAUGGUACACAUGGACGUGAGAUACGUGACCUUGCCAUUUCAAGAGAUAGUAGGGUAGUUGUCACAUCAUCUGAAGACUCAUCGAUCUGUAUCAGCAAAUUAGGUGGUGCAAGUGGUGAAAUAAUUAACGUCUGGAGCAUGAACAAUCAUAUUUCAGGAAUGCAACUGAUAAAGUUUUUGAACGACACAUUUAUUGCUAGUUCAGCGGCCAAUGAGGAAUUCAUUAUUUGGAAAUUGACAUGGGAAAAGGAUACUCCUUUACUUACUGAAUAUAACCGUUUGCAACCAACCAAGCAAGUUCCUGAUCUCAGAGUGAUAGAUUUCUGUUCUUUUGAAACUGAAAAUGGGUUCAUCAUUGCUACAGUCUACUCUGAUUCGAAUGUUAAAAUUUGGAACUUUGACGUGGAAACUGGAUUUAAAUUAAUAGACUCCUUUUUCUACAGAACAUGUUGUAUUUUGAACUGUGAUUUCAUAGAGAUAAACGAGAAUAAGUAUUUGGUAUUUGGCUCCACCGAUGGUUUUGUUUCUAUCUGGGACAUUAGCCGAGCAAUUGCUGGUAAAACCCUGGUUAGCGUCGCAACCAAGCAGCUCCACCAAAGCGGGGUUAAGGCAUUAGAACUUUGUCAAGAUGGCGAUGGAUAUACUUUGAUAACAGGGGGUGAUGACAAUGCCAUCAUAGUUUCCAGAAUAAGUUCUCAGACUACUGAUGAUGUUCAAAACUUGACAAUUGAUACAGUCUGUUCUUCAGAAAACGCUGCAUCUGCAACUAUUACUUCUAUUGCUAGCUUGGGUUGUGCCGACAAGUUUAUUGCGACUUCUGUUGAACAAAUUGUUAGAUUGUGGUCUCAUAAACUGGGCAAGUUGGAAUGUUUAGGCGCUACAUACACAACAGUGGCUGAUACUGGUUGCUGUGAUGUAACUCAAAUUGAUGGCAAAGAUAUUGCUGUUAUUGGAGGAGCCGGUAUUAGCUCUUGGGUAAUUAACUAG